AUGGUCGUCUCUUGUACCGACCUUAUCUUCUUCUUCUUCCUCCUCGCCGGCACCAUGAAUCCGGCUGCGAGUGCUGGAACGCCAAGCGCCGGAAGCAGCAACUCGACGGAGUUCAUACGCAAGAGCUGCGCCGCCACCCUCUACCCGGACCUCUGCUACUCGUCCCUCGCCGGCUACGCCAGUGUAGUGCAGCAGAACGCCGUAGAGCUCGCCCACGUCGCGGCCAAACUCACCCUCGCCCGGCUCCGCUCGCUGACCUCCCACGUGCCGGCGGCCGGCCGCGGCACCACCGGCCUAGAGCACGCGGCGCUGCUCGAUUGCUCCGACCUGCUGGACGACGCCGCGGGGUGGGCGCUGCGGGCGGGGGCGGAGAUGAAGGGUCUGGGUAAGGUGGUCGGGCCGGAGGUUACCUGGCGGGUGUCCAACGCCCUGACGUGGAUGAGCACGGCGCUGACGGACGAGGUCACGUGCAGGGACGGGUUCGUGAGGGUGGCGGCCGGGACUGUGAGGACCGACGUCUCCUACCGGAUCCGGAAGGUGGAGAAGUAUACGAGCAACACCCUUGCCCUCAUCCACAUACUCGGCUUCAACUGA